AAAGCCAAGAAAAGAAUUCCAAAGAGAAAGCGUGUUUCCCUAGAAUCGGAGAUGCAAACACAGAGGCUGCAGACUUGGGAGCAGCAACAGGCAGCAGCACAGAUGCAACCGCAGGUUAAGAAGAACUCAGGAAACAUCGGCAGUGAAAGUCCACCAAAGGAAGACAAUAAGUAUGAUGAAGAAGAUAUGUCAAGAUCUGCUGCUAUCACAACGUUCAGAACAAAAGAAGAAGAGAUUGAGAGGAAGAAGAUGGAGGUGAAGGAGAAGGUUCAGGCACAAUUGGGUCGUGUGGAAGAAGAGACCAAACGAUUAGCAGAGAUUAACGAAGAGCUUGAAGCAUUGGCGGAUCCAACGAGGAAAGAAGUUGCUUCAAUACGUAAAAAGAUUGAUGCAAUAAAUCGAGAGUUGAAACCCUUGGGACAGAGCUGCCAAAAGAAGGAGAAAGAAUACAAAGAGGCACUUGAGGCUUUCAAUGAAAAGAACGCGGAGAAAGCUCAACUAACUACAAAGCUAAUGGAGGUGAAUAUAAUGGUAAGUGAAAGUGAGAGACUGAGGAUGAAGAAGCUUGAGGAGCUGAGCAAAAAUAUUGAUACCUUGCAAUGAGAAAUGAUCAUCUUUAUUCUGAAUUAGAGGCUUGGUUUUCUAAUUUGAUUUGAUGUAUUGUAAUGUUUCUCUUUCUAUGUACCAUUUGUUUUUGAUGAGGGGUUCUACUCAUUUAGGAAAGAAACACCCCCUAAAGAGGUUUGUAACUAAUUAAGAACAUUUAAUCUGCUUUUCAUUAUUCUUGUAAUUAAUUGCAGAAUAAGAUGUUAUAUAGUC